AUGGGGGCCCUGGAGGGUGGUCGGCUGCAGGCGCCCACCCCUGCCUGGCCGGCCCAGCCCUCCUGGCUGCAGCUUGUGCCUCGUGUCUCCUGCAGCCACCUGGGGAGGCUCCCGGACAAGGGCCGCUUUCAUCAGCUCUCCUGUCAAGAACCCCGGCGAGGUGUGCAAAGCAGCGGCCACUGCAGCCCACCAGCCAUGCAGGGGAGAGGCUGCUCCUGCCAUGUCCCCGGCUCCUCUGACCGAGCGGCCACUACCUCAGCCCUCCAGCCUUUCUCCAGGCUCAGUGACCUCCUCAGCUUGUACAACUCAAUACUAAGAAACCAAUCUGGGAGGACGGCUGUCCUCCGCGUGAAGCGGAAGCGCAGCGCGGAGCCCGCCGAGGCGCUUGUUAUCGCUUGUAAACGUCUCUGCUCCAGCGCAGUUGAGUCAGGAGCCCAAAAGACGCCUCCGGAGGGUCUGGAGAGAGCUGCAGAAAAUAAUGUCUUUCAGUUGGUUGCCACCGUGUGCUCCCAGGAGGAACCAGUCCAGCCGCUCGUGCGGGCCGCCCUGCGCCCGUCCCAGGGCAGCCAGCAGCGUAUCCGCCAUCAUCUCCGCGCGUCUGCUCGGGAGAUCCGGCAGGAGGGCCGCUACAGGGUAGUCUCUAGUCGCCGAUCCUCGGGGAUUCUUUCGGGCGGCUCGGAGUCCGAGGACGCGCCGGGAAGCCCAGAAGCCGCUGAGGACGCAGGCUUCCAGCUCUUGGACCUGGUUCACGAGGAAGGAGACCCAGAGGCCGCCGCCGCCGCGAUCUCUUGCGAAACAUCUGACCCAGAUGUGAUCCUCUGCAAUUCUGUAGAGUUGAUCCGUGAGCGAUUGACUGUAUCUGAAGAUGGACCAAGAGUUGGGCACCAGGAGGAACAGAAGGACGACUAUGUGUAUGACAUUUACUAUUUGGACAUGGCCACUCCAGGAUGGAUUGAGAACAUCCUCUCUGUGCAGCCCUAUAGCCAAGACUGGGAGUUGGUGAAUGAUGACCAACAACCAGAGGACAUUUAUGAAGAUGAAGAUGAUGAGAACAGUGAGAGUAAUUGGCGCAAUGAGUAUCCAGAGGAGGAGGACAGUGACGAAGAUGAAGAUGCCAGAGGCUCUGAUGAUUACAACAGCCUCAGUGAAGAAGAAAGAGACAACAGCAGACCACAGAUGUGGAGCAAAUACCCUUUGGAUGUGCAGAAGGAGUUUGGCUAUGACAACCCCCAUGACCUGGAUUCAGACUGAUAAUCCUGUGAUAUCCAUGAGGUUCUACCACAAGCCCCUGAGGGUUCUGUGACUGCAGUGUCUGCCACACUAGUUACGUCUUCUCCGGUUUCCUAGGUUAACACGUGGAAGGAAAAAGCAUAUCCAACAGCACCAUUCCACCAUGGUGAAAACUUGCACUAAAGGAGUGUGUCUUUUCUACUCUCUGUAGGGCCACUUUGUCUCGAUCAAAACUGACCCUGUGUUGGGGGGGGGGGGGAUGCUCCUGUGAAAGUGAAGCUUCCUGGCCCAGACAUUUUCCCAGCAUUCCCAUUCUCCUCUUAAUACGCUGAAGCCAGUAAGUGGAAGAGGGUCUCCCAUUUUGUCAGCACUAAGACUGGGCUUUCCCAGGCCACCUGCCUCCAGUGAAAACCUGUUUCUUUUGAAUGAGGGACCCUAGAAGAGCUACAGUGGGUCCCUUGUAGUGGCACAGACUGGAUAGUAAUGGCCAUUAGGAAAGGAAGUAGAAUCUGCCUGAGCUGUGAGAGGUUUUACUUAACAGCUAUCUCUACCUCCCUGCUUCUGAUAGUGGUUGUAAAGAUUGCUAGUUUCCUCUGGCAGUGGUGCCAAGGAACAGGAUAUGUGUGACUCUAAUAAAAACUUAACUUUGAA